UCGCUACUUCAUUUUUGAACGUAAGCUUUCCCGUGUUCCUGUUCUCCAACAGAGAGAUUUCUCGAAAAACAUUGUAUUUGCUGCUUUUAAUACAUUGCGACGUUACAAAAUCAUUUUCGCCAUUUCUCGUAUCCCUGAGGAUUACAAAAUGUCCCAUACAAUUUUGCUGGUUCAGCCGGGGCCAAGGCCAGAAACCAGGACAUAUUCUGACUAUGAGAGCGUCAAUGACUGCAUGGAAGGUGUCUGCAAGAUAUACGAGGAGCAUUUAAAGAGGCGAAAUCCUAAUACACCUACAAUAACUUACGACAUAUCUCAACUGUUUGAUUUUGUUGAUCAGUUGGCAGACCUAUCAUGUCUAGUAUACCAAAAAUCAACAAACACAUAUGCUCCAUACAACAAGGACUGGAUCAAAGAGAAGAUCUACGUACUCCUUCGUCAGGCAGCCGGACAGACCGACUGAGAGUUACCGCAUACAAGAGUCGAGGAAAGAGGCAUUUCUGUUGUUAAACUUGAACGUCUUAUGUAAAUUUGCUUUGCAAAAUUUCAAAAGAUUUUACCUGUAGCUGUACCAUGGAGUAAGGAUAUUGUACAUUUCAAGAAAUGGAAACAAAAAACCUACUAUUGUAAAAUUUUGGAUCAGUGGAGUACCUGUGUAUUCAUCAGUGCUAUAUCCAGUACAGUCAUGAGCAAUAAUAUCAUGUACCCGCUUUAGAGCCCUGUCGCACUAUCAUAUUUGUCAUUUAAUGAGUCUUACGGUUGAAUUUGUCAAUAAAGUUAAUGUGACAUGGUUUCAAAGUGUAUACAUACAUAUUGAUACUCGUGACCGUACACACCAUCAAAUUUUAUUUUAAGUUAUACCUGUCAUUUUCUUACCCACCAAAAAGGUCACGUCAAUUUCAGGCAGAAAUUUAAAAAUCCCUCCCAAAAUUUUAUAUUAGUCCAAUAACGCGACAGAAUUAAUCUUUCGAACGCCGGAACGCGGAUCUCGACCAGACACAAUGUAAAAUCUAUUGUGUCUGGUAUCUCGGCAUAUGAGAGAUUAAGUUGACAGUACAUGUGAAAUGAUAAAUUGCCCAGGUUAUUCAUUAAUUUUAAAAUUAACAUGGGAUAAGAAAAUGACUGGUAUAACUUAAAAUAAAUUUAGGAUGUGUCUGCAAGAAUACGCAAUAAAACACGUAACUAACAUCUUUCUGUGCAUAGCAGAAGUCUAACGUAGCGAAUUGCCACCUUUUAGCUCAGUAUUCAGUCAAAAUUACUAAACUUAAACUUAACAUCCUAAAUGUUUACCGUAUCUCAAACUAAUGAAGACAAAAAUAUACUGAUCAGAUGGGUUGAUGCAGCUUCCUUUACUGAAUCUAAUGGUAUUGUUCCAAAAUGACCAGGGGAUAAAAAAGCAACACACACAUCACAGCAAUUUACCCAAAAAAAAAAAACAAUAUUACAAUAUUUCUAUAUCUUUUUUAGAUAAAUUGCUUCGAGGUGGCAUUUUUAACUCCCCAGAUGUGGUCUUCAUGGUAUGGCUAUAGUUAUUACGAGAUAGACAUGAAAGUUGACAAUGCAUGCUGAGGUUUUCUUUUUUGCUACUGGUGUAACCACCAAGUAUGGCUCAAGCCUCGAUAAAAAUAAGAAAAAAAAAACGUCAAUUUUUUCAAUUUUCACUUCAUGUAACAGUAAACUUUACUUUGUCAGACUGGUUUUUAAUAAACUGUUUUUCCUUAAAAAAAAAACAAUCACAGGAUUAUAAAUGCCCACAUUGAUACGCUCUAAACCACCUGCUUGCUUACGGUCGGUAACCGUACACAAGCAACACGAAAUUUGAAAAAAGAAAAACAAGAACCAAAAAGUUUGUAUCAAAAAAGUUACACCUCAAAAGAAGUCAUCCUCCUUUUCUCUUUCUAUGGUGUUGAUUAGGUGUUUAAUAAUGGGAACUUUUUAAAGUAACAAAAGUGAAUCUACUGGUAAUUUAAGGUUCCGAUAACAGUAUAAAGUUACUUAGUCUGGCGUUCAAAUUUCAUGUUUAAAAUAUAGAGAUGACAAUGAUCUUUCGGUAUGUGUCCAUAAUAAAUUCAAAUCUUGAUUAAUUGCUUCUCUGUGAUCAUAAUUCUGUCAUCAUAACAUAAUGAAGAAAAUACACGAUAGAGCAGGAUGUAACAAGAGAAAUAUAUAAAAUUGAUAUUUUUUUUCCAUACAACACAGGAAAACUGUCCCACUUUGUAAGGUACAAAAUAUUUUUAAAUAAAAAAAAAUAUGUAUGAAUGUAUUUUGAUAGUUUCCAAAUACUAAUAUUAUUAGUAUUUUACUAAGCAUUAUGCGUGUGAUUGUAAUUUGCAGUUUUUUUAAUAACAUGUGUCUGUCUCAGUUGAGCUUUUUUGUACUUUGAGUUCACAUUUACGUCCUCAAGUUGAGUCUUUACUCACUAGACUCGAGCAUAUCAUACUGCCAACGUAAUAAUACGAAAAUUAAGUAAACUCGAGAGUCUAAAACUACCAAUUUUGAGCUGAGAUCGAGGAAGGUUUUGAGCUCGCCUCAUCUGAUGACGGGGUUGAGGAAAAGUCGAGUGAACAUCUUAAAAUACGGGUGUAAAAUUCCCAAAAUAUGUCUACGUCCAGCAUAAAUUAUGGUCACCGCUAAAUUGCCGACUUCUGUGCCCAUAAAUCUUCGCCUAAAAUGGAUAAGGGCCUUUUUGAAAAAUCACAUUCUCGCAAUAAACGCGCUAGUUUCAAUCCAGUUACCCGGAGUGAAAUUUAUCAGAAUAUUGAUUUUCAAAAUGGCGUUUUCGUGCCACGAUUUCCACUAUAAUGUCACUUCUCUUCACUUUUUAAUUUUUAUGGCUGCAUCGUGUAGAAACGAUGAUUCUGCCAACGUCAAGGUACUGAAGAAAAAACUGUGUACAAGAAAUUUUGUCAGUAGAUUUAAAUUAUUCUGAAGUUCUAUAAUGUCUGAAAUAGUCAUUUUGACAGCUCUAAAAAUACUUCCAUCCUUUACUUACAAUGCGUGCAAGAAAAAGAUAGAGCUAUUUUACAGUUGUCACUAAUUUAAGUGUCUGUUAGUCUUUGCUUUUUUGUCUUGGACGAUUGAUAGGUUCUCUAAAAUACUUUUUAGUUUUUAUGAUUUUUGUAAGAGAAGUCAUUAUUUUUGUUUUCUUAUACAGGGUGCUAGUGACGCCGUAACGAAAACUUUCAAGGUUGAUUCUGAGUUGAUAUGAAGUGGAAUUUUUUCCAUUUGAUAUCAACUUAAGAGUUUGAAUCAUCCCCAAAAGUUUUCGUUACGUGUCACUAACACCCAUACAUAUCCGUUCGGCCAUCUGUACGUACUAGAAUGGAGUGUAAGUGACACCGUAACGAAUACUGAGGCAGACAAUUCAGCUUAUGAUUCUGAGUUAAUAUCAAGUGGAAAAUUCCAUCGCUAAAGUAUAGAAUUAUGAGCUGAAUUAUUCCCCUCAGAUUUCGGUAUGGUGUUACACACCUUUAAUAGCUAAUUAUUUAAUAGCCCUUCGAAUGUUCUGAUAUUCGUAACAUACCGGUAAGAUGUAAAGAUGUCUAUAUAAGAGCACCUCUGACGAAUCUAAUUUAAUUUUAGGUUGACAGUCCCCGAUUUUUUUAAAUUUAUUUUAAGUUAUACCUGUCAAUUUCUUGUCUGCGGAAAAGGGAACAUAUACGAUUGACAGCUGUUAAUUUUAAAAUUAAUGUGCGAAUGAAUGAAUAUCCCGGGCGAAUGAAAUAGACAUCACGGGGAUAUGCAGCCCGUUUGACAUAUGCUUUCAACAUAAUUCUGUCGGUUUAUUGGCCAAUGUAAAAUUUUGGGAGGGUUGUUUAAAUUUCUGCGUAAAUUUGACGUGUUCCAUAAAUUUUAUGCCUGUCAACCGUCCGUCCCUUUCGUUUUUGGCGGAUAAGAAAAUGACAGGUAUAACUUAAAAUAAAAUUAGGUGUGUACUGGAAUCAUCACCAGUUUUAAACUAAAACUAAAUUAGAUUCGCUAGACAUCUUAGUUUUUCUUCGUUAGAGCGUUAUAGUAAGUCCACUUUAGUUAAAAUACAUUACUUUAAGAUACUGUGUAAGUACCUAAUAUUAUUAAUGUAAGCAAUAAAGUUUUUUGAUUAUU